UAUGGAAACCUUAGGAAGAAAAAAUCUCAUUUCCAGUUGAUUGCAAAGAAGCCAGCAUCCUCUGCAGUGAGGAACCUGGUAAAUUCCCCUGCACAAGGGGGCUUUUCACCUGCAGGAGAACCGAGUUUUGCAGAAAAGCCUUUUUCAGAAUCAUAUGGUGCUUUAGAAGCUCCUACAGAAAAACUUCUUGAAGAAAUGCCGGCUGCCCAAGAUAAUAGUGACGAAAACAUCCUCAAACCAACCAUCAUUGCACCUGAAGAAAUUGUAACAGAAACUAUAGCCCCUGAGAAUUCUGCUGUAGAGGCUAAUGAGCCUCCAACCUAUGUAAUUUCAACUAUUCAUAAAAUCAGAGAGCCACAUUUAGACUUCAUCGUGGGGUCUGAAUCACAUGACCGUUUCAAAGAAUACCCAUUGCUGUUGUCGCCGGGUGAACACUUUGAAUCUCAGCUAAACCAGCAGCUUCGGCCACUCAUCCCCAACAACAACGUGAGAAGGCUUAUUUCUCACGUUAUUAAGACUUUGAAGAUGGACUGCUCU